UUGGAAUUUAGUUCAUCUUCUUCUCCAUUGCCGUUAGGAGGAUAACAGUGGGAGGGAAGUUAGGUAUAAAAUUACAGAGAAACAAAAGCAAUCCUAAACCCUAAACCCUAAAAUCCACUUCUGUAAACUAUUCAUUUCUUGAACAUCCCUAUCAAACCAUCCCUUUCUUCCCCAAUUAUCACUCUCUGCCAACAUAUUACUUCAAUUACUCCAUUUCAGUGAAUAACAAGCAAAACCCUAAUCACUACAUAUAAAUGCCACCCAGUUUCUCCUCUCAUUCAAUUUACCUACUAAAUUACUUCUAAUUACAAACUGUAAAAUUAAAUUACUAAAUUACUCCAAAUGGAUUCUCAAGUGUUGGUGGCACUUGGGCUCUCUCUUGUCGGCGGAUUAAGCACUUCAUUAGGUGCGCUAUUCGUGAUACUUAAUCCAUCGCCUAAUUUAAAGAUGCUUGGCCUUUUACAGGGUUUUGCUGCAGGCCUAAUGUUGAGCAUAUCCUUCCUAGAUUUGGCGCAUAAUGCUAUAAACUCAAUUGGUUUUUUAAAAGGCAACCUUUGGUUUUUCGGUGGUGUUCUGUUCUUUGCUAUCAUUGCAAAUUUUAUCCCAGAACCAAACCUUAUCCCAGGUUCAGAUGUUAAAAGUAAAAAGAAAUAUGGGGAUGAAGGAGGAAAGGACAUUUUGAAAAAGCACCGUCGUCAAGUUAUGUUCAGUGGGAUUAUUACAGCUAUAGGCAUAAGCUUGCACAAUUUUCCAGAGGGAAUGGCUGUGUUCCUUGGGUCAGUUAAGGGAUUACGUGUUGGUCUUAAUUUGGCCUUGGCCAUUGCCUUGCAUAACAUUCCAGAGGGUGUUGCUGUUGCUCUACCUAUUUAUUUUGCAACAGAAAGCAAGUGGCAGGCUUUUAAACUAGCGACUCUUUCUGGUUUGGCUGAACCCCUUGGUGUUGUGCUUGUCGCAUAUCUAUUUCCAAGCAGCUUAAAUCCUGAAAUCCUGGAGGGUCUUCUAGCAUCAGUUGGUGGUGUUAUGGCUUUCUUGACGUUGCAUGAAAUGCUGCCGUUGGCUUUUGAUUAUGCGGGGCAGAAGCAGGCUGUUAAGGCUGUAUUCCUUGGCAUGAUGUUCAUGUCAGCAAGCCUAUACUUUCUUGAAAUCAGCUUACCAGGGGACAUAAGUUUGUAGGCAUCGAGCAAUCACAAUGUUGUACAUUUUAUAAUCACAGUAUUUACCAUUUGAUCUCACCGAAUGGUCAAUAGGCUUCAUCUGAAUAAACUUAUCGUCAUUAGUUUACCUUUCUGAGCUGAUUUACAAGCUUCUGAUUUACUCUGUAAAUUGUUCGUAAAUUGAAAACAAGUAACGUUAAUGCUAA